AUUUAUUAAAUAGAUUUUUAAUAAAGAAUAAUAGCUUAAGAUCCUAUUCUGUAUCUAAUUUAAGUAAUAUCAUUAAGUAAAUUCGAAAGAUUAUUAAUUUUAUCUUUUGUAAAAUUAAAAAUAAUUUUAUUAUUUUCAAAUAAUGCAAAGCUAAAUUUAUAUUUAUUUUAGACAUGAGCAAGUAUUUAUUUAAGAUCUUAUUUUUUUACAUUUUCCAUUACAACUUAGACUGUUUAUUUUGAAGAGUUAUAUUUAACUUAUAAAUUAUUCAUGACUCUGAAUAUAUAUUUUUAUUGAAAAUUUUAUACCAUAGGUAAUCCUUAAACAUAAUUAGGAAAAUUUUUAAUUUAUGCAAUAUAUGUAUUUAUAAUCAACCUUCCCAAUUAGUUUAAAUUAAAAAUAAGUUUCACUACUCUCAAUCUAAGUUAUUAUUUUUCAUUUUCUUUAUUAUUAUUUUCAUCAUCUUCUUAAAUAUAUUUUUUAUUUAGUUUUCUAUUUACUUAUUAGUUUAAUUAUCUCACUUGUUCCUCAAUUUCAUCAAUAAAAAUAUUACUAUAUAAAUCAGCUUAAGCAAUUAUAUUUUAUUUAGUUUAAUUACUCUUUUCUAAUAAUCUGUUUUUAGUAUCAAUUGUUUUUUAUAAUACGUUGUUUUUUAAGUUUUAUAUUUUACCAUUUAUAGUUAAUGCUUAGUAUAUAGUUAAAUUGAUUUUUUCGUCCAAUAAACCUGUUACUUUAUAUAUUAUAGGCUUUACUAUUAUAUUUUUAGCAUUUUCUUCAAUAAAAGAAUUAUUAAGGCCGGAU